AUGUACUCCAUCGGCGUCUCCACCCUCGUCAUCUGCCUCUCCAACCUUUUAGGCCGAGUCCUCCUGGGUAUCCGACAACAAGGAACCCAGACGUUCAUCAGCCCACGCCACCAGAGACUUGCGCAAGCGGUGAUGUUGAUAGGGUUGAUACUUUCGAUUGUAGGGCAGAGUAUGAUGAGUGGUGAGAUUGGGGAUGCGGUUAGUGGGACGACGGGACAGCAGGCGGAGGUGGUGACUGUGCCGAAUGAGAGCCAGGCUGGGUUGGGGUUUGUAGUUUUGGGGACGUUGGUGACGAUGGUAGAGAUACGGGCGGUGGAGCCAGGGGAGAAGAGGUUGUUGUUUGGAGUUGGGCUGGCGUCGCCGUUUAUGAUUGUCAGGAUCGUGUUCUCAGGGUUGGCUACAUUUGGGACAGAUCCGAGGCUCAAGAGUUAUGGCGGGGUGGGGAGUUUUGUGUGGUAUUUUCUCGGGAUGGGAGUGAUUAUGGAGAUGAUGGUUGUGUUGAUAUUGGAGGGCGCUGGAUUGACGUUAAACAGGCAGCCGAGUGCUGUGCCGGUUGGGAGGUGGAGAGAAGGAAAGUUUGAGGGUUAUUGA